AUGGCUGUGCGAGACCUGGUCAACCGGCUCCCAGGAGGCACCGGCCCCAGCGUGCUGUCGGAUGAGACCAUGGCGGCCAUCUGCUGCGCCCUACACGAGGUCACCAGCAAGAACAUGGAGAACGCCAAGGCACUGGCUGAUUCGGGAGGCAUAGAGAAGCUGGUGAACAUCACCAAGGGCAGAGGAGACAGAUCAUCUCUGAAAGUGGUGAAGGCAGCAGCCCAGGUCUUGAAUACAUUAUGGCAAUAUCGGGACCUCCGGAGCAUUUAUAAAAAGGAUGGGUGGAAUCAGAACCAUUUUAUUACACCUGUGUCAACGCUGGAGCGAGACCGGUUCAAAUCACAUCCUUACUUGUCUAUCACCAACCAACAAAUGUCACCCGUCAUUCAGUCAGUCGGCAGCACCUCUUCCUCACCAGUACUGUUAGGAGUCAGAGACCCUCGCUCUGAAUACGAUAGGACCCAGCCACCUAUGCAGUAUUACAGUAGCCAAGGGGAUGCCACACACAGAGGCCUCUAUGAAGAUCCUUAUUUUGAUGACCGAGUUCACUUUCCAGCUUCUACUGAUUAUUCGACACAGUAUGGACUGAAAUCAACCACAAAUUACGUGGACUUUUAUUCCACUAAACGACCUUCUUACAGAGCAGAACAGUACCCAGGGUCCCCAGACUCGUGGGUCCAGAGCAUCCAAUUCAUGGAGUUCUCAGAAGUGGAGAACCAGGAUGAUUACUACAGCAUGGAUGCUGGUUACAUCCACACCCAGGACCAUCAAGGAGUGUAUGUCAUGUAUGAUGAAGCCUUGAGUGAUCUGAAGGACCUAGAGACAGAACUGCUGCUUGUGGCCAGCCAUUACAUUGAGAGAGAAAAAGGUCACAAAGAGGGCAGCAAGUCACAUAUUGACAAGGACUGGGGAUGGACCCAUGCAGGUGUGGACAGAUUUGCUGUGCUGUAUGACAUGUGGACUUGGGAAGCAGCUCAUCUAGAAAGCAAGCGCCAGCUUCUUGACAGUUACUUUGAAGCCUACCAGCAUGCAUUGGACCCAGAGGAGAGGUUUGCCUUAGCACAAGUGAUCACAGACAUCAUGCACAGGUGCCCAAGGUUUGACUUCAGUCAUCCUUACUUCAUUAAGGCCUACCGAGAGGAAUGCACCUGCCUGAGGCUUCACCUGCAGCUGGUGAGGGGCAUCCUCAACCAGCACAUAGAGUGUCAGCGUGAGUAUGUCCAGAGGCUUUGGCAAAAAGGCCAUCCAGAUGCUAGCAAUACAUUUGGACUUCCCCUUAACAUCAUUUGCAAACAACUCAUUUCCAUCAACAAUAGCUGCUCAGCUUUGAAAAACAUUUAUCUGCUGGAGUUCCACCCUUCCUUGGGCCUGGCUUCCUGUAUCCCCAGGGCCCUGGAGCACCUCCUCAGGGAGGCCCGCCACACUUGCAGGCCCACGUCAGCCAGUGCCUUCACCUUGCUGGAGAGACGUGUGCUGCAGCUGGCCCUGGAUGUGUGGCUCACCCCAGCCAAGCCCGAGUCCUGGUACAGCGCACAGCUCCAGAAAGAUCUAUUUUCAGCUAAAGUGAUGGGUGAUCCCUUUCUUGUCGGGGAGACAGGCCUGCUUGCACUCAAAUCUGCUGCAGACCAAGGACAGAACCAAGGCCAAGAUUCCCAAAUGCUGCUCCUGGAGAUGUUUUCCAAACUUUUGGAACUCUUGACCCUCCGGCAUAGGCUGAUAGAGAUGAGUCUGGAGAGUGCACACUUGGCACGUCUCUAUAAGGAUUUGGCCUGCGAGAUGGGUUUUGAAGAGUUCCAUUUGUAUCUGAGGCCUGUUCACUUUGAAUCUGCAUCACACAAGGACAAGGUGGUCGAUCCACCUCCUGUCUUUAUAACCUCUCUGCUGGAGGACAGUGACUGCGUAGACAGAUAUUCUCCUGCUACUCUUGUCUUAGCUAUCUCUGAAGUGGAUGAUAACCAAAUUGGCAAAUUUAGUUUUUAUACAAAGGAAGCCAUUCUUAAGCUCUUGUGCCAUUCAGGAGUGGAAAAUAUGCAAGUGACCCUAGCAUGCCAGGCUACUCAGAAGAAUGCUUUAAUGGUGGCUGUUCAGCAGGCAUCCUUCUAUCACACUCCCUGUGGGAGCUGUCCCGCUGUUGUCAAGGAAAUAAGUUCUGAUCUGAGAAAUCAUAAUGGAGUGGGUCCAACCAGAAGAAGAAAUUCCAGAAUUGUGAAUGGCAUAGAAGGCAUGCUGUUAGCCCCAAUUCCAAAAGUCCCAGAUGCCCUUACUCAUCCUUCCAAAAGAUUCCAGGCUACCAAAAGGGCUCCGGAAGCUUUCGUGUCUAUUCAACUAGAAAAGGUGGGGCUGCGGGACAUGAUGCUGAAUGCCUUCCUCCUCAGGAAACAAGCCAUGGCUGACAGAAUGAAAAACCUUGAUGAAAUUGGGAAAGUCAAGAGAGAUGUUAUAGUUGAAUAUUGCCAGAAGUUCAACCGACAUAUGUCUCACUAUGCUCUUCGGGGGCAGAUCAUAGCAUACUGCAACAGCCUGAGAGCCCUACUGGACGAUUUCCCUACCAUCAGAGAUACUUUUUUCAUGGUGGGACAACGACAAGAAAAGAAGGGGUUGAGGGACUCCGAUGAUGGCCUCAAGAAUGACCCCAGGUGUGGAAUUUUCUUUUGA